UGUGGUAAGAAAAAAAAAAUACCGUAUACAUGCAAAUUCACAAUCACAGUCAACAAAGUCAAAGAACGACAAGUUGGCGGCGAGACCACCAAAAUGUCAAAAUUUCGAAAAUAUUCCCGCCCCUUCUUCCUCCCGCCACCCACUGGAAAACUUAAAAACACUGCAAACAUCUCAAUCCCCUAAUUUUCUCUCUCCUCUCUUCCCUCUUUUUUCAUCUCACUACUCUUGAGAUUCAAUAACCUCAACCUUCGUUUCCCAACAAUGGCGAUCUACAACUCUCGCUCAGUCCUCCACGACAUUAAGUCAAGAGAGCUUCAAGGGUUUCAAGGAAGAAAACGACCAUUAUUCGCAUAUACUACCUCAUUAGACGACCGAAAUGACGAGCCUAGCUGCAGUACAGGUGUUGCGAGCUCGCAUAAUGGGGUUUCCACUCCCCCUAUGUCUGUUUCCUUUGCCAAGACAAUUAGAAAUGCCCACAUUCUGGGUGUUACUGACGAAGACGGAUAUGUGAACUUUAUUGAUACUCGUUUGAAGCUCAAUCCUUCAGCAACCGAGCAAGAAAAUGCAGAGAAAGCGAUUGUUUCGAGAUGGGUAGCACAUGAGAAUUCUGUAUAUGAUAUCUGCUGGACUAAGGAUGAUACUAGUGUUCUGACAGCUUCAGCAGACCAUACUAUUAAGUUAUGGGAUGUUGAACAAAAGAAAUGUUAUGGUUUGUUGAAAGGUCAUGAAGGCAGUGUUAAAUCCGUUUCCUGCCAUCCUACAAAUUCUGAUCUUGUUGUAUCUGGCUCAAGAGAUGGUUCCUUUGCGCUAUGGGACUUGAGGUGUAAACCUCACCAAGGGAUGGAAUGGAUAACAUCAACUGAACAGGUUAAAGGAGCUCAUGCCUCAGCUAAACAAAAGCGGUCCAGAAAUAAAAAAGCAGCUUCGCCUUUGCCUUCAAGGACUGUGACAUCCGUUCUUUAUCUUAAAGAUGAAAUCUCUAUUGCCACAGCAGGGGCAGUAGACAGUGUAGUAAAGUUCUGGGACACAAGAAAUCUUCGAGCUCCAGCUGCUCAAGCUAGUCCACUUCAAGGGUCUAUGACUGAAAUGAAAGGAAGACAACAUGGGAUAACCAGCCUAUCCCAAGAUCUUAAUGGAGUGCUUCUUUCUGCAUCUUGUACAGAUAACAGAAUAUAUUUAUAUAAUGUUCUUCAACUCGAAAAAGGUCCUGUUAGUUCCUUCACAGGCUCCAAAAUUGGAUCAUUUUUUGUAAAGUCAACCAUCAGCCCAGACGCAUCUCAUAUACUGAGUGGAUCUGGAGACGGAAAUGCCUACAUUUGGCAGGUAGACAAUCUUGAUCAAGAUCCCAUUUCAUUGAGACGCCAUGAAAAAGAAGUAACUGCGGUUGAUUGGUGCCUACAAGAACCAGGGAAGAUUGCCACUGCUUCAGAUGACUUCACAGUUUGCUUUUGGAAUAUCCAAAAUAGAAACUAUCUGUCACCAAGAACAACAGCUGUUCGGAGGAGAAUAAUGGCGGUAUCUAAUAGUAAUACCGACUGCAUUGAGCCCUGUCUGCAGAAGGAAAGCCUGUGUAGUUCAAGUCAUAAUGAAGAAAUAAUUCAAGAUCAAAGCUUAAUCGAGUUGAUGAAGACACCAGAAACUAUACCCAACCAGUUCUGUAGAGAUCGAUUACUACAAGGAGUUAACUUAAAUGAAGCCUUUGAUAAAACUCCUGAAUCUGCAUCAAGGAGCCCUUCUUCUGUUCUAAGUCCUCCAUCUUCCGUGAAAAAAAGAACAAUUCGAGAUUACUUUGUGGUGUGUUAGGCAUCUGAAUGUGGAAAUGUACAGGUCUCUGUUAUAAUAUUGAAUAUACUCCUGUUGAUUCUUACACCAUCCUCAGACCAUCAGCUCUUAUCCUCCUUUUUUCUCAAGGUUUUUGUAGUAAAAAGCUUGAUGGUAUUGUACUUGGAUGUUCUUCAUUCUUGAGGAUAAAUGAUGAAGUAACUUUUGUUAUC